AUGAAAAAGCAGUUUUAUCGCGUCAAACAGCUUGCUGAUCAGCGCGUUGGCAGAGCUGAGAAGACUGAGAUUUUGACAGAGGAAUUACAGAAUGUCGAGAAAACAGUUGAAAAAAUCAAGCAUGCUUGUCAUGCAGCAAGCAAAAGGAUUACUGCCUCAAUGCAAGGCCAAGGAAGUGAUUUUGAAAAACGAAUGAAAAAGCUAAACCAGGCUGGAKUUGCACAAAGCAUGUUAGAAUCUAGCAAUCAGCUAGGUGAUACAUCACUUCUUGGGUCAGUGCUGCUUGGCGCAGGAGAAGCUGAGCGUUCUAUAGCAAAACAAUUAUGUGAUUAUGAAAUGGCAGUUGAAAAGAAUGUCCUGGCACCAAUGACAUUAUUAUUAGAGAAUGAUAUACCUAAUCUUGCUCAAUCAAAGAAGAAGCUUUCCAAAGCUGCCUUAGACAUGGACACUUGUAGGUCAAGUAUGAACAACAGAAAACCAAGAAGGGCAGCUCAAGCCAUGUACGUUCCUCCAGCUCGAAGAGCCCUCAAGAACAAUUUGAACACAAAUGUCCCAAAACUAGAKGAGCAAAAUAGUGAUGAUGUUGAUGAAUUACUGAAGUCCUUUUCAAAAUUACACUUGGAAGAUGAGAAAAAGGAAUCGGUUGACUUGAUUAUUUCAUCUACUAAGAAAGUCAUCUUAAAGAUUAAUGGCGAGUCAAGUAAUGAAACUGUGGAGAAACUAGUAUUUACUAUUAUUAAAGAAGGAAAUGUAAUGCUAGGUAACUGCCCAGAUGGACUAGAUUCUAUGAUGGAUCUCAUCAGAGACAAGAUAUUAGAGAAACAAAUAAAACCAAGUACUAAACGAUAUCUUUUUAAUAUCCUAGAAUGGAGAGCCAGAGCAUUUAGACUAGUAUAA